AUGCCGCAACCACAGCCUUCUGCGCGGCGUCGCUCCCUGGACGGCUCGUCCUCCGAAGACGAGCCGCUUCUCAGCAAUGGCGUCAGCCCAGAAGAAGAACCCAACGUGCUCGGGGCCACCGCAGAAGCAUCAUUGUUGGGUGAUUCGAGCAGACAACCAACUUCCCUAUUCUCCGCACAUACCCACGAUAAGAGAUCAAGAGCCCUUGAAGUACGGAUAGCAGCCGCCAUGUUCUCAUUCUUCGUUAUGGGCCUCAUACAAUCUACCGUUGGGCUUGAAGACUUCUACGGGUUGAGCGAUACCCUAGUUUCGCUCACCUUCCUGAUGACGCCGCUUGGUUAUUUCCUAGCAGCUUACGUGAACAGCAUCAUUCACCUACAGUUUGGCCAACGAGGUGUUGCAGUUAUCGGGCCCGCAUCUCAGCUCCUUUUUGUUUCCUCUGUGUCUUUCCACCCGCGGUAUAGCAUCUUUCUGCUUUUCUCGGUGAUUGGCGGUUUCGGCACAGGCCUGCUCGAUGGAUCUUGGUGCGCCUGGGCAGGGGGUAUGGCGAAGAACGCAAAUGUGAUCCAAGGAUUCCUCCAUGGUUCUUACUCUGUUGGCGCAAGUCUGGGGCCUUUCAUGGCUGGUACUAUGCUGUCCGUAGGGGGGAAACCGUGGUGGUCAUGGUACUACAUGCUCUCCGCCUUCUGCCUCACUACCCUUGUUACCUCUGCACUUGCCUUCUGGUCUCAAGAUGCCGACAAGUACCACGCGGAGAAAUAUAAAACACCGGAGAGCAGUGAUAGCUCAAGUAAGAAGAGUCCUUGGGACAUGUUCAAGCAUAUAGCCACAUGGGUCUGUGCUGCAUAUUUCCUGGCAUAUGUUGGAAUUGAAAAUUCGAUAACUGGCUGGAUUGUCGUAUUCAUGAUCAGAGUCCGUGGAACUUCCCCGUAUCUCGCAAGCAUAUGCUCAUCUCUCUUCAAUAUCGGCAUGGUUGUCGGACGACUUGGGCUUGGUGUUGUAACAGAGAAGCAUGGUGUUCGGCGAGCAGUCAUCGUCUAUUUACUGCUAGCAGCCAUCUUUCAGGUACUGUUUGCCGUUAUUGACGUACCCGCUGUGUCUGCUGUUCUUAUUACCAUGAUCGGGGUUCUUCUAGGUCCACUGUUUCCGUCAGGGGUCAUAAUGGUCACACGUCUUCUGCCGCAACACUUACAUGUCGAUGCUGUGUCAUUUGUGGCGUCAGUAGGCGAAGUGGGUGGCGCGCUACUCCCUUUCGCACUAGGCGUCAUCGCGGAUGGACUGGGCAUUGGGUCUUUUCAGUACAUCAUCAUUGCGCAACUCGUUGCGACGCUGUGCAUAUGGAUGUGCUUCCCUAAGCUGUCUUUAAGCAUACUCCCCCAGGUCAAUGCUAUCAGGGAUGAUGAAACAAGAGAUGAGUAA